CCAUUGCACGCAACCCUUGGAAGGUCCCGAGGCCAGCCAGGGCUCCUGAUCGCAAAUACGAUACACAGCCACCUCAACUCUCCUUUCGUCUCUACCUUCCAAAGUUUCAUCUUCGUUCCUUCAUCCAAAUCCCAUCAAAUCUAAAUAUCCCACAGCUCAUAAUAUGUCAUUUUAGCAUUUUCUGGCCAUCAUCACGAGUUUUGCGCUUCCGUCGACAAGAUGGCUAUUUUACGAAAAUUACCUGUGUUUCUAUCUCUCGCAUCCGCCCUCCACGUCCUAGCAAACCCCACGCCCUUCAAGUCUACCGCGGACGAUGAAAACGACACGCCUUUACCUGUCGUAAUCUGGCAUGGCCUCGGCGAUACCUUUUCUGCAGAAGGCCUGCAGUCCGUCGGCGCGUUAGUCGAGAAGGUGAAUCCAGGCACGCUAGUCUACUACGUGCGCCUAGACGAGAGCCCCUCCAACGACCGAACCGCGACCUUCUACGGCAACGUAACGGAUCAGAUCGCCAAGGUAUGCGACGACUUAGCCUCGCAUCCCAUCCUAUCGACAGCGCCAGCCAUCGAUGCCGUAGGCUUCAGCCAGGGUGGACAGUUUCUGCGGGGUUACGUCGAGAGAUGCAACUUUCCGCCUGUGCGAACACUCGUAACGUUCGGGAGCCAGCAUAACGGCAUCAUCGACUACAAGGCCUGCUCAGCGGCCGACUGGCUAUGCAAGGGUGCCAUGGCCCUUCUCCACGGUAAUACCUGGAGCUCGUGGCUGCAGAGCCGGCUCGUGCCCGCGCAAUACUUCCGCGACCCCGCCGACCUCGACAGCUACCUCGAGAACUCCAACUUCCUCGCCGACAUCAACAACGAGCGUACGGUCAAGAACGAGACUUACGCGAAGAACAUAGCGAGUCUGGAGAACCUGGUCAUGUACCUCUUCGACGACGACACAACCGUCAUUCCGAAGGAAACCGGUUGGUUCGACGAGGUUAACGGCACAGAGGUCACGCCACUAAGGGCGCGUCCGAUAUACACCGAAGACUGGAUUGGUCUAAAGGCCCUUGACAGAAAGGGUGGACUGAAGUUCAAGACUACUCCUGGAAACCACAUGCAAUUAACGGACGAAGUACUGGAGGAGGCAUUUAGUGAAUUCUUCGGCCCCUUCAAGAAGACCUCUUCGAAGGACGACGAGGAAAUAGGCGAGCUAUAAACGCUCAGCAAAUUCAGCAAUGUAUGUCUUUAGUAAUUCCUGGGUACCUACGGAGGUCUGGAUAGGGAUCACGAUUAUGCAGCAGCAGCAGCAGCGACGUGGGGUUGAUGGAUUAAUGUAACGUAUAACCAUGGAA